ACUGCAGUCCGACUCCACGCGCAGAUACCGGCAGUGGGGCUGUAGGACCGAACCGUUUGAUUUAAGGAGGGUCGCGCGCGCGGGGGGGGGGCGUCGAAGGCAAGCGACGGCGAACAUGGCGGCACCGAAGCGGCAGGACACGCGGAAAUUCAUCGAGAAUCUGUCCGGCGCCGGGAAAUCCAUCGCGGUGCUCACGAGCGGAGGAGACGCGCAAGGCAUGAACGCGGCGGUGCGGGCCGUCGUCCGGAUGGGCAUCUACGUGGAGGCCAAGGUCUACUUCAUCCACGAGGGCUACCAGGGCAUGGUGGACGGAGGAGACAACAUCAAAGAGGCGACGUGGGAAAGCGUCUCCGGCAUUCUGCAAGUGGGCGGCACGGUCAUCGGCAGCGCCCGCUGCAAGGAGUUCCGCGUCCGCGAGGGCCGCCUGAAGGCCGCGCACAACCUGGUGCGCCGCGGCAUCACCAACCUGUGUGUGAUCGGCGGCGACGGCAGCCUCACCGGCGCCAACCUGUUCCGGGAGGAGUGGAGCGGCCUGCUGGACGAGCUGCUGCAGCAAGGUCUGAUCGACGAGGAGGCGACCCGCGUCAACUCGGAGCUCCACAUCGUCGGCAUGGUCGGCUCCAUCGACAACGACUUCUGCGGCACCGACAUGACCAUCGGCACCGACUCGGCGCUGCACCGGAUCAUCGAGGUGGUGGACGCCAUCAUGACCACCGCUCAGAGCCACCAGAGGACAUUUGUGCUGGAGGUCAUGGGCCGACACUGCGGAUACCUGGCCCUGGUCAGUGCCCUGUCUUGCGGUGCAGACUGGGUAUUUAUCCCAGAAAUGCCUCCCGAGGACGGCUGGGAGGACAACAUGUGUCAGAAACUGUCUGAGAACCUCGCUGAUAAGAAAAGGCUGAACAUUAUUAUUGUAGCUGAGGGAGCCAUAGACUCCCACAACAAGGCCAUAACUCCUGAUUAUAUCAAGGACCUGGUUGUACGCUGCCUGGGUUUCGACACCCGGGUCACCAUCUUGGGCCACGUGCAGAGAGGCGGGACGCCCUCCGCCUUCGACAGGAUCCUGGCCAGUCGUAUGGGCGUGGAGGCGGUGCUGGCGUUACUGGAGGCCUCGGCCACCACCCCGGCCUGCGUUGUGUCUCUGGUCGGCAACCAGGCAGUUCGACUGCCACUUAUGGAGUGUGUUCAGAUGACCCAGGAGGUCCAGAAGGCCAUGGAUGAGAAGAAAUUUGAAGAGGCGGUGAGACUGCGUGGCAGCAGCUUCGAACACAACCUGAGCACCUACCGACUCCUCUCCAACCGCAAAGCCGAUUCUGAGCUCCCCAAUAGCUCCUUCAACGUGGCCGUGCUGAACGUCGGCGCCCCGGCGGCCGGUAUGAACGCCGCCGUGCGCUCCGCCGUGCGAGUGGGAAUCUCCGAGGGCCACAAGAUGUUCGCGGUGACCGACGGCUUCGAGGGAUUCUCCAAGGGCCAGAUCGAGGAGAUCAAGUGGGGCGACGUCGGGGGCUGGACUGGCCAGGGGGGCUCGCUGUUGGGCACCAAGCGAACUCUUCCAGGGAAACAUCUGGAACAGAUCGCUGAGCAGAUUAAGAUCCACAACAUCAACGCUCUGCUGGUCAUCGGAGGAUUCGAGGCCUACGUGGGACUGCUGGAGCUCUCCGCGGCGCGGGGCCGCCACGCCGAGCUGUGCGUGCCGAUGGUCAUGGUCCCCGCCACCGUCUCCAACAACAUACCGGGCUCCGACCUCAGCGUCGGCUCAGACACCGCGCUGAACGCCAUCACCGAUGCCUUCGAGUCCCUGCUGCAGCUGUCCGAGGCCCGGGCCGACCACGAGGAGCUUAGCAUCCCGAUGUGCAUGCUGCCCGCCACCAUUAGUAACAACGUGUGCGGCGCCGACACGGCCCUCAACGCCAUCGUGGAGACGUGCGACCGCAUCAAGCAGUCGGCCAGCGGCACCAAGCGGCGCGUCUUCAUCAUCGAGACGAUGGGCGGCUACUGCGGCUACCUGGCCAGCAUGGGCGGGCUGGCGGCCGGCGCCGACACCGUGUACAUCUACGAGGAGCCGUUCGACAUCCGGGACCUGCAGGCCAACGUGGAGCAUCUGACGCAGAAGAUGAAGACGAGCAUCAAGAGGGGCUUGGUGCUCCGAAAUGAGAACUCCAAUGAGAACUUCACCACUGACUUCAUCUACCAGCUGUACACCGAGGAGGGAAAAGGGGUGUUCGACUGCAGGAAGAACAUCCUCGGUCACAUGCAGCAGGGUGGAGCUCCUUCACCGUUCGAUAGGAACUUUGGCACCAAAAUUGCCGCUAAAGCCGUCCAGUGGAUCACCAAGACGCUCAAGGAGUCUUACAAAGGAGGCCGUGUGUUCACGGACGCCGAGGACACGGCCUGCCUGCUGGGGAUGCGCUGCCGGGCGCUGGUGUUCCAGCCCGUUUCUCGGCUCCGGGACGAGACCGACUUUGUCCACAGGAUCCCUAAAGAGCAGUGGUGGCUGAAGCUCCGCCCCCUGAUGAAGAUCCUGGCCAAGUACAAGACGAGCUACGACGUGUCCGACUCCGGCCAGCUGGAGCACGUGACCCGCGUGCUCCCCAGAGAGGCCUGAGGGUGGAGGUGGUCCAGAGGGUGGAGGUCUCCACUGCAAAUACGUCAUGACGGAUGAAGUGUGAGGGCGGGUCGUUUCAACAACGAUCCCCAAUUAAAGUUCUGAUAUCUGAACUCCUUAUGUAUUACAGUUUUAGUCCUCACUUCGUUUAUUUUAUGAGCUCCUCGUUGAAGCUUUUAUGUAUUUCAAUCACGCACUUUGAGUCCCUAAAUCAACGUAAACCCCUCCAGCUGCUUAGAGAAUAUAUAAACGAGGAGGAUCUCGUUGCCGUGAGAAACGUCUACAACUUGAAUGUAACCCGGAGAGCUGAGCUAGUCGUGUGUGUCACCGUCUGUAUCCACGUUGAUGUGUGUGUGCUCUUUACAGUAUUUGUUGUAGUCUGCAUUACAUUUAUGAGCCCGCCGUGUGUGUGUGUGUAUGUGUCCCGUCAGAGUAAAUAAAUAAAGCAGUUAGUGUGGAAAGUU